AUGGCGAAGAAGAUGUUGCCGGCGGCGGCUAACGAGCUCCUCUCCGCCCUCCUCCACACCGGCACCACCUCUCCCGGCCGCCCGCCGCGAGCCGCUCGCAGCUCGCCCUCCGUUGUCCAUAGGUGCGCCCCUCCCGCGGCGCGGCUCGCCGGCGCGGGGACCACGCUGGUAGUCGACGUCGACGGCGCCCUGCUCCUGCCGCGCCGCUCGCUUUUCUUCGCCUACUUCAUGCUCGUCGCCCUCGAGGCCGGCAGCUUCCUCCGCGGCCUCGCCCUGCUGCUCCUCUACCCCGCCAUCGCCUUGCUCGGAGCCCUCGGCGGCCGCGACCUGGCCGUGCGGGCCAUGGCCGCGGUCGCCUUCUGCGGGCUGCGCGUUGGCACGUUCCGCGCCGGCCGCGCCGUGCUGCCGCGGUGGCUCCUGGAGGACGUGGCGGCCGAGGCGCUCGAGGCCGCGCGGCGGGCCGGCGACCCGGCGCGGGUGGUGUGGGCGAGCGCGAUGCCGAGGGUGAUGGUGGAGCCGUUCCUGAGGGAGUACCUCCAGGUGCCGGCCGUGGCGGCCGUCGCGGCGAGGGAAAUGAAGAUGGUGUGGGGGUUCUACACUGGCCUCAUGGAGUACCGUGAAGCGACGUCGUCGUCGGUUCUGAGGAAGAACGCGGCGGCCGGAGGCGGCGACGACGACGUCGUGGGGUUCUCUGCUGGCGGCUCCAUGGCGGAGUUCCUUCGCAGCCCUCUGGCAUCCAUCUGCAAGGAGCUGUACGUGGCGAGCCCGGAGGAGCAUAGCAAGUGGCGGCGCCUGCCGCGGCGCGACUACCCGAACCCGCUCGUCUUCCACGACGGCCGGCUGGCGUUCCUGCCGACGCCGCUCGGCGCCGUGGCCAUGUUCAUGUGGCUCCCCUUGGGCGCGGUCCUCUCCGUCGCCCGCCUCGCCGUCGCCAUGGCCCUGCCGUACCGGUACGCCACGGCACUCCUCGCCGCCACGGGCCAGUCGUGGCGCCUCCGCGGCGCGCUCCCGCCGGACAGCCGCGGCGCCUCCGGCCAGCUCUACGCUUGCAACCACCGCACGCUCAUCGACCCGGUCUACGUGUCCAUCGCGCUGGACCGGCAGGUCCGCGCCGUGUCCUACAGCCUGAGCCGCGUCUCCGACAUGCUCUCGCCGAUCGGCCGCACCGUGCACCUCGCCCGGGACCGCGCCCGCGACGGCGCCGCCAUGGCGCGGCUCCUGGGCCGUGGCGACAGCGUGGUGGUCUGCCCCGAGGGCACCACCUGCCGGGAGCCCUACCUGCUCCGGUUCAGCCCGCUGUUCGCCGAGCUCGGCGGCGAGCGCGGCGUCGUGCCCGUGGCGCUCGCCGUCGAGAACAGCAUGUUCUACGGAACGACGGCCAGCGGGUGGAAGGGCGUCGACCCCUUCUACUACCUGUCCAACCCCAGGAUGUGCUACACGGUGGAGUUCCUCGGCAGGGUGGACACGGCGGCCGUCGGGGAGGGGAAGGCGGCCAGCACCGACGUGGCCAACCGCGUGCAGCGGCUCAUCGCGGCGGUGCUCGGGUACGAGUGCACCAUGCUCACCAGGAAGGACAAGUACCUCAUGCUCGUCGGCAACGACGGCGCCGUGGCGGCGCUGCCGCCACGGCGGCAAGUAAGGUAGCGCCCGCCGGCAUGCAUGUGCGGCCAGUUCGUGCUCUCACUGGCCGCCCCUGUACAUAAUCAUAUAUCCGACUAUUAAAAUGUACCAUUCCACAGUACUCGAUGAAGAAAAAAAAAGGAAAAAUGAGAAAAAGAGGGACUUUGGUAUUUGCUUUUAUCAAGAACAGGUUUGAUAUUUGUAAGUUGCUUGAUGCCCUGAUGAAAAAUGUAGAAUUGAUGUGUAUAAAAACUAUGUAACUUACUCUUAAUGAAAGAAUACUAUG